AUGGCCGCGCCGCCUUGCCCGGAGUGUUUGUUUCUCAUGGCGACCGGGACGUACUAUUUGCUGAGCAUCUGGUUGGCGAUGCACGCCUCCGUGGCGGCUCAUGCCUUCGGUGUGCGUUUGCUCACCCAAUUCGUGCGUUUGCCGAUCCCGGACGAUGCCACCUUGGACAAGAGCCGGUACCAAGCACUACAGUACGAGGGCGCCAAGGUCCAAGAGAUGUUCCGCGUACCAGUGCUGCGGCAGCAGCUGAAGCGCCUGAACCAAGCCAUGGAGAAGGCUGAUGAGGACGACGUCUCAGCAACGCUUUCAGUGGACGACACCGCCUCUGACGAUGAGGACAUAAACCCUGUGUUGCAGCUGGAGCACGUGCAGCUCUUCCGGCAGACGCAGGCGAACUGGCAGUCCUACGACGCCUAUGCGCGGGUGUGCAUGGCGAUGGGCACCAACCAGCUGCUGCACACUUUGAGCUACAUGAUGCUGGGCACCCUGGUGGCCGAGAACGACGUGCCUCUGCCGGCGCUCUGCUGCGUGGUGAUCUUUACCGCCUGCGCCUGGGUCUUGGCGAGGUUGGACCUCUACCUGUCUCGGCGCAUUCUGGCGAUGGCGGCCUGUUUGCUGAUUGCCCCGCCCUUCCUUGUGACUGUGAGUUUCAGCCUCCACCGUGGGGUGGGCAUGGCCCAUCCGCUGCCGGCGGCCGGCUUCGCGACAAGCUGCUACCGCAUCAUGGUGCCCUUCGCUUUCUUCCUGCACUUGCUUUGGAUCGUGUUCACCUUGAUCGUCGCCAGGGCAGUGCCCUUUGGCAAUGUGGAGCUCCCUACAAACUUUCGCAGCGUGCUUUUUCUGGACGUCUUUGGGUGGCUGGCGGAAGCCGCGGACCAGGACACGGCGGACGAGCGCUCCCGCAUGCCGCGGCGGCUGAGCGCUGUGAGCGAAGGAGAGGAACUCCCUGAAGGCCAAGACGGCUUGCCUGAAGAUGUGCUGCAGAUGGUGGCGCCCAUUUGCUGCAAGCUUCGGGCACAGCUGAAUGGGGACCUGGAGCGCUUCGAGUCGCAGACCUCGCAGGCGAUGUUGGACGAGGAGGCCAAGGAGCUUCUCAGGCGUUUGCGGCGGCAGUUUCAGCGCAUCUCCACCCAGCUGGAUGAAGUGGAGGCGAAGGACCCCACCGCCUUCAUGGCGAACAGACCCGCGGAGGAGUCAGAGACCGUCUGGCUGCGGCUGGAGAUCGAGCGCGGCGGCCGCAUGAUGCAACUCUUCCACCACUGCGAGGACGAUAAGACCAUGUGCGAGGAUCCUCCUGCCAGCGCGCGAGUGAUAGACCUCUUCAGCCUGCGCACAGACCACGAGAGGCUUGCCGAGCAGGUAAGCCUCCUAAGAAGGCAUUGUGAUUUUGCAGCGCGCAGUGCACGCACGACCUCAGAAUUUCCCACUGAGGAGGCCCCUCGACUGCCGACGGUGCAGUCAAAUCAGACCAUGGACUUGACCUUUCACCCGGAGGAGGGCGGGCAAGCGCCUGAAGAGGCCGAGCAGCAGGCUGAGGAGCGGCGGCGGGAGCAGCGGAGCCGCUGGAAGCCGGGGAAGCUGCCCUGGCGCACGGUUCUUCUCGGAAGCUUGGUCCUCAUCGUGGCCUGGGUCACCAGUCUUGUGUGGAUCAUCAUCUAUGUGGCCUUUGAAGGGCUGCACCAUCAGCAGACCAGCACCCUGGCAGACACCUUGGGCUUCGACGAGCAGCCCGCUUGGCUGCGCCUCUUGGGCCACAACCGGCACCAGGUGACUUUUCAGCUGACGGACGGACAGGCGGUCGCGGAUCACUGGCCAUUGGCUUUCGCCAGCCCGAAGUCCUUGGCGUGUCACCCGGCGUUGCCUGGGGUUAUUCUUGCAGUGGAGAAGUACACGGUGCACGCCCUCGCCGAUGGAGGCGACGUUGCCUACGUGCAGGCCAAGUUGGACCGAUGUUUAGCCAGCCCGCAAGGGCAGGCCCUAGCGCGAGGCAUUGCCAGUGGGGCGCUGCACUGCCAGGUUGCUGGAGACUGUAGUCUUUGGCUGCUGUCAGCUAACAGCUCGGAGUUGCUACGCUGCCCCCUGCGGGGCGGCUCCCCUGCGCUACGGCGGUUGCAGGGGAGCUGGCGGAGCCUGGCGUUUGCAGAGGAGCUUUGGGCGCUUCGAAGUGAUGAGCUGGACGGAAGGGAUGAGAUUGUGGAGCUGCACUGGGCCCGAGACGAGUUCCUCCCCCAGCGGGACCUGGACACGGAGGGGCGCGUAGAGUGGCUGCUGCGCUGGCCGCAGCACCCCUGGCUCUUCGCCUGGACACAGGGGCAGCUGAAGGGCUUCUACCUGGGCAAGGCCGCCAAGCCCAUCGCCAAGUUCCUAGAGCUUCGGCCCAGGCAGCCGGAGAGAUGGCUCGGCGGCUGCGUGGGCAAAGAUAGCUUGUACACGCUCCAGGAGAAGGGCAAGAGCUUCGGCAUUUGGCGCCGGCCUUUGGCAGAGGUGAUGAAGAUCAGUCUGACGCCCUGA